UUAGGCCCACAACCAGGGAAGUACUAUGUCAUUAUGUUGUUGUGCCUUGCGAUGUUCGAGAUAUGAGUUUAAACAACAAUAUUGAGAUGAACCCGACGAGUUAUAGGUACCUGGUGGUCGAUUUCAUAAAUUACCGGCUGAGCCGACAUGGUUAUACGUGGGAUAACUGUCCACCUUUGGAAGCUCAAACAAAUAACGUUCACAGAACUUUAAGAGCUCUUGGUGAUGAAUUUGAAGAGCGGUUUAGGACACAAUUUGACGAUAUGGUGAACCAGUUACAUAUUACACCGAAUACAGCGUAUCCGACCUUCCAUCAGGUGGUUCAGGAGCUGUUUAUUGACGGUGUAAAUUGGGGUCGAAUCGUAGCUUUAUUCGGAUUCGGAGGUGCAAUAGCUGUAGACUGCGUUAAUAAAGGAAUGCCACAUUUAGUUGAUUCAAUCGUGGAAUGGGUAUCAACAUAUGUAGAAAAUAAUCUGGACCAAUGGGUUACUACCAGUGGAGGAUGGGAUGGUUUCGUGGAAUUCUACGAGAAAGGAAACGCGCGGCAGAGAGACAGUCCGUGGGACAACAUAUCUGGUGUGAUAAAGUAUGGCAUGUUGGGCGCGAUGGGAGCUGUGGCCCUCGGGGCAUUCCUUACACAGAGAACGUGAGGGACCAGUUGUCAUAGUAGCUGUUAAAUGAAAAUUGUGUAUCAGAAAAUGCAGCACGGACAAUUUCGUGUGAAAUAAAAUGACAAUGAUAUACCAGCCGUUGGCAGAAGAUAAUCCAUAAAUGGAUACACAAGUGUCUCCAUGAUAUCAAAUGACAGCGCUCCAGUGUUGUGCAUAUGUGGCAUGCACACGUAUGAUGAUAUAAAUGUUUCAGAUCUAGUGCUGACUGGAUGAUAUUUUGCCCAACUGCAUUGCAAUGCUACACGGAUUACCAUUGGUGGACCUUUCCGUUUUGUGUUGUGUGGAAAGAUUUCAUUGGUUAAUUAAGGAUGUUAACCUUUGACAUGAAAUAUUGGCAGCAAAUGAUUUUGAUGUUACUAUCAAAAUCGAUGUAUGGAUUGUUUUAAAUGUUUAAUGUAACAAGGAAAAGUCAAAUACGGAUUUUGAAGUAAUAGCAACUAUCACAUUAGAGGAAUUCUGCCAUCAGGUGGGGUCGUCGCUUAGGUAGAAUACAAUCAAAUCCCAUUAUACAUUCUCAAAAAUGAAUAGUGAUAUUGGGAUUGAAAUACGAUUUUCUUGGUAAUGAUUUUAAAAAGUAAUGUUUUUAUUAUUAUUUUGAAAUUGAAUUAGAAAGCUGUAGAAAGUUUCAAAUAUUUAAAGAUAUAUAUGAAGUUGAUGUUUGAAUUUUUUUUUGCGGAAAAUUAUUAAACUGUACAAGUUAUUGUAUCAUUGUAUAUCAAAAGUGGCGGUCUAUUCAAACGACAGUUUCUCAUAAUAAUGAUUUUGCCUUCUGCAUAUUUUGGUUAAUAACAUUCACAUAAGAUACAAAUAAACAUCUUCUGUAAACAGUAAAUAUAAAUGGCUAAACAUUCUUAAGUCCAGUUACUUUUAUGACCAAUACAUCGUACUAUUUUUUCAUUUUUGUGCACACCUUCAAAUGUAUUUUUGCAUGGAUUUGUUAAUUAGUUUCACCUGUUAUUACCUCCCUUGUAUUAUUUCAAUGUUUCCAACAUAUUUGUAGGUUUUGUUCAUAUUUAGUUUAUACUGUGCUUAACAGUCGAGGCUAUGGUUGUUUGUUUGGCACAAAAAUUGUGCAUUGUAUGUGUAAACAUGGAAAAGUGAAAGUGAAUUGUAGGCGUGUAUGUAUGAUUGUCAAUUACAGCCUGAAUACUUGCUGCGAUUUCAAAUGUAAUAUCAUUGCGUUAACUUUGUUUUUAAUUUCCUCUUAUUUCACUGAAUGACGAACACACCUAGAUAAUUGUCAUCAAACCAUUAUAUGGAAUUGACCAAUUUCGAGUUUUCCAGAGGCAAUUAAAUGAUCAUAAUUUUCUUUUGUUCCGCAUAAAUUUUAUAUCUAUUUAUAUUUACAUAUGUUGAAUAUUCAUAAGCAGCUUCUGUGUAUGCCUGAACAUCAAAUGUUAGUCAUAGAAAAUACAAAUGUACAAGCAGGCUAGGAAAAACAGUCAAACAAUUUAAUUUCAAAACAGGAAGUAACGUCGGACAUUUGAAGUAAAAUCGAAACGUGAAAGACAGAACUUUGCUUUGGAUAACUAAUUCCUUACUUCAUAAUCGACUGAAGUCCCUGGCGGACACCUGUGUAUACACCAGGUUCCGAGAUAAAUACACGUAUUUCGGUUACUGCGACAUAUAGAUAUACCGUGAAAAGGAAGAUUUUCAGAGCAUGCAUCGUCUAGCUUACUACGGCCCGUUCUAAAUGCAUAAAUAUUUGGUAUUUAACAUGGACAAGAAUAUAAAAAGAAUAAGAUAGAAAUAAAAGAAGUCUGUUAAACAUUUCGAUGGGCUUAAAUGUUCAUUUACUGUCAUAUGCUUCGUUUAUUCUUCGUCUUUUGUGCGUUUCUCUGUCAUUGAAUGACGACGGGACCAGUUCUAAAUGACUAAGGAAGUUCAUUGUUCAUUUGUUACUAUAAAUAAUACUUUGGCAGCAAUGUAGACAUCAUACAAAAUGAUAUUAUAUCAAUAAGGUACGUAUACUCUUGAAAAAUCUAGAUAUCUGCUGACAGCUAAGCGUUGUGGAUCGAAACUAGUAUGGGAUUUAAAAGUGAAGCUUUUAAUAAGAAUCUUUUCUCUAAAAUAUCAAGUUUUAGACAUAACUAUUUUUUAACUGUCAACUAUAUACGCGUAACAGUUAAAUACGAAAGAAAUAUUCGGAUGAUUGAGACGAAUGCAUAUUAUGUGUAAACCGUUUAUGAGUCAGUAACAUAACUAUGUAGAAAUACUCAGUUCUCGUGGCCCCCAGAUUUGUCGGUAAUGAGCCCUGUUUACAUGUAAGAGGAGAAAAUUGGCAGGAAUCUAUGUCCUACCUGGCAAACUAUAUCACUCGAGAUUCCAUCAGCUCUGCUGUAACAUUUCGUUACAUCACACACUACUGGCUUAAGAGUGUUGCAUAUAUGUGAUAUAGGUAUGUUCUGUCGUAUUUAUAGAACUUUUGUAGUUUCGACAUCUUGAACAUGCAAAAAGCAUCAUUUUAAGUCUGAAUUGCUGAAUUUACAAUACGUUUCAUUGUUCAUCUUUGCCGAUCAGAGGCUAAACAAAAAUGCUUCUGAAACAAAUAUAUUUGUGUCCCUAUAAUAUCACCAUACUUUCUUUACUCAAUAUUGUGAAAACACAUUCAGUUCAUAGUAAAGAAGCUAAGCCGUUUCAAGAUAAUGAUUGAGUGGACAUGCUAUUUAAGCUUGUCUUAUUUUACACUGUAUCUGUCCCCGGGGUUUUUACAAAAGUAAUCAAAGUUUGCUUUUGGCACGUUUUUAAAUGUGUAAAUGUAAUAUAGAUACUUAUUUGAAUAAAUAAGUAUUCGUUCAGUCUUUUCUCUUCUAAUUUAUAACUUUUAUAUUUGGAACGUCAUUGUGAACUUAAGAGAAUAAGUUUUACAAGCUGCUUGUUCGUCAUAUUAAAUAUGCUGGCUUAAACUUGACAGCUUAUGGUUGAUAUUGAAAAUAUUCACUUGAAUAUAAUGUUUGAUGUGAAAACAAUCUAUAUGGUAUUUGUAUCCUGAAAGACAGACCCAUUUAAUCACAAAUAUAUUCUAGAGUAGAAAUCGUAGAUGUUUUCCAAGUGUUAGAUGAUAGGAGGAAAAGAACACUGAACUGUCUUGUAGGUAAUUCGAAACCCAAAGUUAGAUUACAUUUAGAUCUCUUAUGAUUUUCUGUCAACAUUUCUUUUAGGAAACAUUGCAUAGUCUCCUGUUUCUUACAAUAAAACUGUUUUAUGUUUCAUUUUGGUUAAAUCAUAAUUCCUCAUUAAAAUGUUAUAUUUCAUAUUGUUGGUUACAUCAUACAAAAUUGUUAUUUGAGAAUCCGUGUUUUUUGUAUUAUUAUUCAUGAAUUAUUUAUUUUUUUCUUAAUCAUUUUGAUUGAAAGAAAUCUAUUUGAGAUAAUAUUGCUUGUAUUGUAAACGGGACCAGUUUUGGUAAAGGAGACCUUUAUCAAAGAUUAAUUGUAACAAAAGAAGGAUUCGUUUUGUGUAUGUGUAUCAAUACCUGACAAAUAUACUACCUUGUCGUAUCCUUUUCUCUCUAUAACCAGCUUCGUGGAAGUUUGAUGGUUUUAAUUAAGUAUGACAUUCGCUGAAAAAUGAAUGCUUUUUGUAUUUGUAGAUGAAGACUGAUCUUUAACCCAGAACGUUUGUGUUUUGAUUUCAUUUUCAAUAGAAAAUAAUGCAUUUAUUUUAAAACCAUAGUAAUGAACUCAUGAUUGAUCGACGUGAAACUCUUUUUUGAAAUCAAGUAUUGUUGUUUUCAAGAAGCUGUAUUGUAUAUUGUCUUAUAUUCUCUAGUCAUUUUUAACGUAAAAGAAAGGUAAAUUGUAUUACAAUUCCUUUAAUACAUUGUAUUUAUUCAAAGUAUUGCACAUUAAUUCGAUUACAGCAUUGUAUGUUCACAUCGUUGCGUUAAGUAUCUUUAAACGUAAUACUUUGUAACAAUACAUAAAUGUAAUACAUUGUAUUGGCGCAUUGCUUUGUCUUUUCCAACAAUGAAUUACAUUACUGCAGAUUCGUGAUAAGUGAAUGUACAUUUAUUCUGAGAUACCGAAAAAUACCAAUUCUGUUGCUUCUAUGGCAAAUUCAUCGCUCAUAGUAGUGAAAGCAGAUAGAAAAUAUGUUCGAACAUUUAUCUUAUAUAUGCUUCCAUCGCAAAAAGCUCAGUUAUAUAUGAUCCAAUUAGGUUUCCUAACCAUUUGCCUCAGAACUUUUUUGUCUUAACUGACGAAAAAGAUCAAAUGUAAACAGAUAUUAUUUAUUUUGUGUUACUCGCUAAUCCUUUUAAAUCAGUUUAAAGUCAGUUUAUUUUGAUUGAAUUCCUGUUGAUGGUCACUUCUAAUCAUUCAAAAUUGAAUAGAAAAAGUAUGUAUUCUAGCGAAUUGUUCUGGUAAUAGAUAUGCUUACCAAAUUAAUACUAGAGAAACAAUUAACAUUUCAUGCGUUUACCCAAGGUCUCUUUGACCAAACUGAUCUUAGUUUGCAAUCGUUGAAACGUGUUAUUAUUGUAUGUUGUGAGUUGAUAAGGGUGCUAUACUGUUUAUCGUUCCAUUGGCUCCUAAGUUCAUGCGUUCGCUAUUAUUGUGAUCAGCUUUAUCCAUAUGAUAGGAGUCGAGCUCGCUAUAUCUCUUACUGUUUAAUAUAUCUUACAUACUUGCAUUGUAUAAUGCAUAAUGAGCUCAUCUUAUGCAUAGUUUGAAUAUUGUAGUUUUUUUUCUCCUUUUUUUGACAGGUAAGAUUAAGUCCCUAUAUAAUGAUAGGGCAUUCUAACGAUAACGCUGUGAAUAAAACUUUUAUCUACACAGAUUAGUAUUGUUGAAAGAUGACAUGUCUGAGAUAUUCAUAAACAAGAAGUCUUGGUUGUGUUUUCAUUCUUAAUAUCAAAUUCACAGAUUUUUUUAAGAGAAAGGAAACUUAUUCGAAAUAUCUAUAUUUUUCAUUUACGAAUACAAAGACUUGUAUGUAUAAUGUGUAUGGUGAAACUUAUGUCGAAAGAAAGAAAUUUCUGAAAGCCACGUGUAUAUACUGUAUGUUUAAUAUUAAACUGUCAUGAGGAGUCGUUCAAAUUAUCGAUGAUAAUUUUAAAAAGUUGUUGGAUAUAUCAUUCUUUUGUUACUGUGCGCGACGAUAUUGUAUAUUGAAUAAAACGUAAGAAAUUCUA